AUGGAGUCAGAUCCUUUGAAUUUAGAGCCUUUAUACGGUUCUUUAGGUCAAAAUAGAUCAUACAAAACAAGUGAACUGUUUAAAAGUAAUUUAAUCCGUUCACUUGAUAUUUUGAUAUAUUCUCAUAUUGUUUAUGUAUAUUUUAUGGAUGAGAGUUUUCUGCGUCUUUUGCUUCGUUCAGUUAUACAAUUGAAUAUUUAUGCACAUAAGAUUAUUUAUUUUUCUGUUAUAUCGCCUCUUGUGUUUUUUUAUAUGGUUUUUAUGUCUUUUUUUCUUUGUUUAACCUGUCAUUUAUUAUGGAUGCUCCCUGAUGCUCCGGAUGGUCAAUAUGGGUACUUACAUGGUGGAAUUUUUAUCAAUUUUGUUGGGGAAGUUCAUCAUUGUCGAUUUAAAUCAUGUUUUUUUGAUUUUAUUAUUCUUUUUUUACAACUUUUUAUUUUAAACAUAAGGGAAAAUGCUUCUGAUAUUAUUCUUGAUGAUUUGCUGGAUCCUUAUGAAGACGAGAUAGAAUAA